AUAUCUUAACGUCAAUAACAUUCAGAUCGUCGUUAUCAGUGCAAGAGAAAGUAUAGUUUAAGUUUAUUUUCAGUAUGAAACUGAAUUUUGUGAUAUUGGCCGUGCUGCUGUGCAUAGCUCUCAAUUUGGGAAUAACUGCUGCCGGCAAACGACGGAAGAUUAUCAUUCAUGUUCCAGUGAAAGUAAAACAAACGAAGCAUACACACACGGAAGUUAAGACUGUUCACCACCAUCACAAGCCGACCGUUAUCAAAGAAGAAAAAAUAAUCAAAAAAGAAGUGCACAAACCAGUUGUGAUCAAGGAAGAAGUAGAGCACGAGCAUUUCCACCAUCAUUACAAGCACGAUCAUCCAACCUUCGAAGCCGACGGCCAUGAGCCCCUAGGUGUUGGUGGCGGGGACUUUGGACGGUUUAACUUCAAUUGAACGAUUACCGAACCACAGACUAGCUCAAACACUGAAAAUACAAACUGAAACAAACGUAAUAUAAUCGAAAA